AUGGCCCUCAACCCACCAUCCAAACGCCCGGCCCUCAACCCCAAAAACACCGGCUCCGCGGCCGCCCGCAAGCGCGCCAAAACCUUCGAUGCGCGCACCCUGGCCGUGCAGUCCGCCGACGCGGCGCUCUCGGCCUCCGGCGAGCUCGAUGCCGCCGCGUACGUGGGCUCCCGGGAAUUCGAGAUCCAGUCCCUGGAGACGGGCAUGCAGCGCUCGAAGGCUGCCUUGACGAGUCGGGCGUUUCAGCAGGUGCCCAGGUCCAUGAGACGGAGGACGGCGAGUCACAAUGUGAAAAGGGUUCCGGGGAGGUUGAGGGCUAGGGCGAAGAGGGAGAUGGCUGAAGACAAUACCCCCACCGUUACAGCACGACGAAGAAAACCGACCGAGCAGAUGCGAAUCCGUCUCGAGACCGCGCGCCGUCUACAGAACCUGAAUACCAAAACGAAGGCCAAGCGAGCAGCCGCGAAAGCGGAACGUGACCAGGAGACGCGCAAAUCGUUAGAGGAGGCCGGAUCUCAUGCGUACAGCAUCGCGCCGAGGGUCCCGAAGAUCAAGAAGAAUAAGCUCUCGCGUCCAGCGCCGCCGGAGUCGAAGUUCAAGAAACGUCAAAGGUGCAAGACCUGGUUACCCACGCACAUGUUCCAUGCGAAGCGCGCAAAGAUGACGACGUCGAAGGAUCCGCUGUGGCGGUUUGCGGUGCCGCUGUCGCCGACGGAGAAGAGUUAUAGGCCGACGCAUAGGGCGAGGGGUGCCAGGGGCGCCGUGGCGUGGGAUAUGAGUUAUAUGGCUACGAUUCAGCUGGAGGGGUCGGAGUCGGCGUUGGAAGGUGUGUUGAGGGCUGUUGGGGUGGAUGGAGAGGAGGCUUGGGGGGUGAAGGGAAAGAAGUGGAGAGCUGGGACGAGAGGUCUACAGGCUUGGACUUUCGAACAUCAGGGUGAGAAGAGACCGAUUGCGCCGGUCACUUUGAUUCGAUGUGCUGAGGAUAAAUCUGAGGAUGUGGAGAUGGUGGAUGCCGAUGCGCACACGAAGGAGACCAAAGGCAAGAACAAGCAGAAGGGAAACUGGAAGAAGAUCUUUGUCAGGGUGCAUCCGUCUGCCUUCUUGCAAUUAUGGAACGAGCUCCUUGAGGUGUCGAAACACCAGAACCCACCUGUCCUGGUUGAAGAUCUUCGCUUCGAGAUUGGCAGCAUUGAAAUCACUGGCCCGGGCUCUACGGAAGCGCUCAUCGCUGCUUUGAAACCCUUGACGGCCGAAGGAACAGAAGCACCGGCGAACAGCCCAGAGUCUACCUGGGGUAAGUUGUUGGGGGUGUCUAACCCGUCCUCUCUGCCUCAGAACUCGCUUCUUGGCUUCUCUACAUCCGACCCUCGUCUUCAUUUCCCGCCCAAAUCAACGAAGCCUCCCUCCUCUGACGCCGACAUGCAAAACCUGGCCAUCUUGUUAUCAACGUGGCCUGUUGACGGAACCCAAUCCUCCCCAGCCAUUUUCGAUCGUCGCGCACGACUAGCUGCUACGCGCAAACUACCCAGCCAAAAGGCCAUCAACCGACGCCGCACCGUGAAUGGACCCGGGAAGUACCCGAAGCCUCUUUCCACGGAUCCAAAAAUCCCAGUCCUUGUCCUUGCAACUAGACCCGGCUCGCAGUCCAAGAACAGCAAUGCCCCAGGCAGCUGGACCGUCUUUCUUCCAUGGAGUUGUGUCCUCCCGGUGUGGUAUUCCUUAAUGUACUACCCUCUCUCCAGCGGCGGGAACCCGAGAUUUGGUGGACUGAAGGAACAGCAACAGCUUGCUUUCGAGGCCGGAGAGCCUUGGUUUCCGGGUGAUUUCCCCGGGACCAAAGCCGGCUGGGAAUGGAAUUUGCGUGAGCAAGCCAAGGCCAAGGAGGAAUGGGAGCGACGACCAAAGGGCCGGAGAACAGAGUUUGAGAGCAUCGAUCUCGGGAAUGGUCAAAAGGGAGAAAUCGGACGAGGAUGGGCCUGUGACUGGGAGAAGCUUGUGGACACCCUUCCCAGCCCUGUCGCCAAAGCUGCCAAGGGGAAAUCGGCCAAGCUUAAGGCCAAAGAUAAAACCGAAGCUAAACCGGAUGCAAUUAACACUACUACUACGACAUCUGAAGCCGAAGCCGAAGCUCCUCAGACUCCACCACUUGGUAUCCGCCACCUACAUCCCACAGCGGCUACGCGUGCAGUCAACGCCAACAAUCCUAAACCCAACCCUCGCAGCAACCCUGAGCUCGCAACUGUCCGGAUCUCCCUUCACCACCGAGGCACGCCUACCCCGCGAGCCCGUAUUUACCGCCUCCCCAGCACCAAUCCCGACCUUCGCCAAAAAUGGCUCUCCCUAGCAUCCAACAAGCCCAACACCACAGCUCCCAAACCUGCUGCCCCGUCAGCAUCAGCACAAAAAGGCCUCCCCGGCAGCAAAGAUCUCGCUCAAUUACACCUCGCCGCAUCCCUAAUCACGCCUUCCGCCGACACAGAGGCCCAACAAACACAUCUCCCCCUCCCAGCAGAAGAAGACCUUAUUGGUUUCGUGACGACGGGAAACUAUAAUCUCUCGGAGGGGAAAGGAACGGGCAUUGGGUCUAUCCUUGUGUCGAAGGUCGUGGGUCAGAAUCUAGCUCAGCAGAAGAAAGGGAAGGCCAGGGAGCAGAAUAUGUGUAUAAUUCGCCCGGCUGGGGAGUUGGUGGGGAGAUUGGGGUAUUGGGAUCUUGUUUAG